UGGUGCAGACUCGCACAAGCAGGCCCAACAUCUGUGCGUCACGUAAUCCCUAUCCCGUACCGUAUUGGCGGUCCAUGCGAACACGCAUUCCCUGCAAAAAAGAGUCGGCCGUUCUGCUCCCGCCACACGCGCGCGCGCACACACACAUGCCGCUCCUCCACCCCUCGCUUCCGCCGCACCGCCUCCUCGUCGUCCGGCAGUGCAGGCUCAUCGCCCCGCCGGUGCAUCCUCUCUCCCGCCUCUCCGUUAGGGCGGCGGCGGCGGCAUCGGUCGCGCAUGAGGUGUGCGCGCUGCCCUUCCCGCCGGACCGCGCUUCCCACCACCGCGAGCUCGCCGCGGCCGUCGCCUCCGUCGAGCGCGCCUGCCGCCUCUGCGUGGAUGUGAGGGCAUCAAUGCUUGUAGGUGACGAGAAGAUUCUUGAAAAGAACGAUCAAACUCAUGUGACAAUUGCAGAUUUUGGAGUUCAGGCCCUUAUCAGCUUUGAGCUACACCAGUUGUUCCCAUCGAUACCUCUGGUCGCAGAAGAGGACUCGGCAUUUAUACGGUCCUCUAAUGCUGCUGAUAGUAAGAGUAAUACACUUGUUGAGUCCAUUUCAAGUUUUUUCACAAAACAUGUGAAUAACAACGGUCCUCCUUUAACUCAUGAUGAUGUGUUGAGAGCUAUUGACAGAGGAGGCAAGGAUGCUGUCUCCUUUGAUUCAAAUCCUGCUACUUAUUGGCUACUUGACCCGAUUGAUGGUACCAAGGGUUUCUUGAAAGGAGAGGAUUCUUUGUAUGUGGUGGGUUUGGCUCUUGUGGUGGAUGGAAAGUUAGCAGUAGGAGUGAUGGGAUGCCCAAAUUUGACCGAUACUACCGUAGGCGACACGGAAGAUGAAAGUAUUGCGGCUUGUCCUGGCCAUGGCAUCCUUAUGGUGUCUCAUGUAGGCUGUGGUACUUGGACUAGGCCCAUGUCUGCUGACCAAUUGACAACAGCACCGGAUAUUUGGAAGAGAUGCUCUGUUGAUCCCUGUUCAGUUGCACACAUGGCACGCUUCUGCAUUGUUGAUAGCCAUACUUGGGAUAUGAUGCCAUUAUCUGCCCACUUCAGCUCGACAAUGGAUGAAUCUGAGCCGAGAGAUGAGAACAAAAUUCUUCUCCAAAAUUCUUGUGGUGGAAGCUUGUCCAAGUAUCUCUUGGUAGCUUGUGGGAGAAUGUCAGUUUUUAUCCUCCUAGCACGGGCGGAAAAACUACUCAAGGCUUGGGAUCAUGCUGUUGGGGUAAUUUGUGUUGAGGAAGCUGGAGGUCAGACAUGUGAUUGGAGCGGGAAACCAUUGGAUUUUGGAGCUGACCUAACCGGGCGUAGAAUCAUCUAUCCUUCGGGUGGUGUUCUGGCGACAAACGGUGCUCUUCAUGACAAGCUUGUGGAAAUGGUCUCAGCAAAUUACAAAUAGCAACGUUGAAUAGAUUCAGAACUGAAACACGGUUUCUUUUUCUUUUUCUUUUCACUUUUUUUACCAAAGUGAUCUGGCUGAGCAUUAGAUCGCAUGACUUCUCGCGUUACAGAGAUAAACCACAAAAUUUGGCAGAUUACUUUCAGUGUCGAUACCAAAAUGUAUAUACAUGAAGAGAACAGAUGUUCUCUCUGAAUAGUUGGUGCCUGAACUGCUUAAGCAAUGCCAUUCAGAAGCCCCCCCAAAGGUUGCAGUCGUCGCUCCAGCGCAGGGUAAGGAUAAUGACUUACCUUUCUAUGGGUCUUCAUGCAGAACUCGCCCGCCAAAAGGUUAGCACAUGUACUAUGAUACUAUCUUAGUUGAGGUGGAGAAAAGAGAAAUCAGCAGAAAAGACUUACCUUCUCUUAAUUAAGAGAUGAUCUCUUACCAACAAUAUGGUCUCAUCAUACUUUUAGGAGUGUCUUGUUAUUAGAGAUAAGAAUAAGAGAUAAUCAUUCUACAUUUUGUUUU